AUGCAGGAGACGUAUGAGAAUAUUCCAGGCCAAUCUAAGAUCACGUUCCUUCUACAAGCAAUCAGGAAUACUGCUGCUGCUGAGGAGGCUAGACAAAUGGCAGCUGUCCUUUUACGACGACUUUUGUCUUCUGCUUUUGAAGAAGUUUAUCCAGCUCUUUCACCUGAUGAUCAGACCUCUAUCAAAAGUGGAUUGCUGUUGAUUAUUCAGUUGGAAACACAGUCCAGUAUGAGGAAAAAAAUCUGUGACAUCGUUGCUGAAUUGGCCAGGAACUUAAUAGAUGAAGAUGGUAACAACCAGUGGCCAGAAGUUCUGAAAUUCUUAUUUGAUUCUGUCAGCUCUCAGAAUGUGGGACUGCGUGAGGCUGCUCUACAUAUUUUCUGGAAUUUUCCUGGGAUUUUUGGGAAUCAGCAGCAACACUAUUUGGAGGUCAUUAAGAGAAUGCUGGUUCAGUGUAUGCAAGAUCAAGAGCAUCCAUCAAUCAAGACUCUAUCUGCUAGAGCUGCAGCUGCAUUUGUGCUUGCUAAUGAGCACAAUCUUCCCCUUCUUAAACAUUUUGCAGACUUGCUACCUGGAAUCUUGCAGGCUGUAAAUGAUUCCUGCUACCAAAACGAUGAUUCUGUCCUGAAAUCCCUUGUAGAAAUUGCAGAUUCUGUUCCCAAGUAUUUACGACCACAUUUGGAACCUACGUUGCAGCUAAGUCUGAAGUUGUGUGCAGAUGCCAGUCUCAGUAAUAUGCAGCGUCAGUUGGCACUUGAAGUAAUUGUGACCUUGUCAGAAACUGCAGCUGCUAUGCUGAGGAGGCAUACAAACAUUGUUGCACAAGCCAUUCCUCAAAUGUUAGCAAUGAUGGUUGACUUGGAAGAAGAUGAAGACUGGGCAAAUGCAGAUGAGCUUGAAGAUGAUGAUUUUGACAGCAAUGCAGUUGCUGGUGAGAGUGCACUGGACAGGAUGGCAUGUGGCCUUGGAGGAAAACUUGUUUUACCUAUGAUUAAAGAACAUAUUAUGCAAAUGCUUCAGAAUCCUGACUGGAAAUAUAGGCAUGCUGGCUUGAUGGCUCUCUCAGCCAUUGGAGAAGGUUGUCACCAACAGAUGGAGGGAAUUUUAAAUGAGAUAGUUAAUUUUGUUUUGCUAUUCCUUCAGGAUCCUCAUCCAAGGGUAAGAUACGCCGCUUGUAAUGCUAUUGGACAAAUGGCAACUGACUUCGCACCUGGUUUUCAAAAGAAAUUUCAUGAGAAGGUAAUAGCAGCUCUUCUGCAAACCAUGGAGGAUCAAGGCAACCAGCGUGUUCAAGCCCAUGCAGCUGCAGCACUCAUAAACUUCACUGAAGAUUGUCCCAAGUCACUGCUUAUUCCAUAUUUGGAUAAUCUAGUGAAGCAUCUUCAUUCCACUAUGGUGAUAAAAUUGCAAGAGUUGAUACAGAAAGGCACUAAGCUAGUUUUGGAGCAAGUUGUGACUUCAAUUGCAUCAGUUGCAGAUACAGCAGAGGAGAAGUUUGUUCCCUACUAUGAUUUAUUUAUGCCCUCUUUAAAACACAUUGUUGAGAAUGCUGUUCAGAAGGAAUUAAGACUUUUACGAGGAAAGACUAUUGAAUGCAUCAGCCUAAUUGGUCUUGCUGUUGGUAAAGAAAAGUUUAUGCAGGAUGCAUCAGAUGUAAUGCAGCUGUUGUUGAAGACACAAACAGACUUCAGUGAUCUAGAAGAUGAUGAUCCACAGAUUUCUUACAUGAUCUCAGCAUGGGCCAGAAUGUGUAAAAUUCUUGGAAAGGAAUUUCAGCAGUACCUUCCUGUUGUCAUGGGACCUCUAAUGAAGACUGCAUCCAUUAAACCUGAAGUAGCUCUUUUAGACACACAAGAUAUGGAGAAUAUGAGUGAUGAUGAUGGUUGGGAAUUUGUAAAUCUAGGAGAUCAGCAAAGUUUUGGAAUUAAAACUGCAGGCCUUGAAGAAAAAGCAACGGCAUGCCAGAUGCUGGUUUGCUAUGCAAAAGAGCUAAAAGAAGGUUUCGUGGAGUACACAGAGCAAGUUGUAAAGCUGAUGGUUCCCUUGUUGAAGUUCUAUUUCCAUGAUGGUGUUCGAGUGGCAGCAGCAGAGUCAAUGCCCCUCCUUCUUGAAUGUGCUAGAGUUCGUGGGCCAGAGUACCUCACACAGAUGUGGCAUUUCAUGUGUGAUGCCCUCAUCAAAGCCAUUGGGACAGAACCAGAUUCAGAUGUUCUUUCAGAAAUAAUGCAUUCUUUUGCAAAGUGCAUUGAGGUAAUGGGAGACGGAUGCCUUAACAAUGAACACUUUGAAGAACUUGGAGGAAUAUUGAAAGGAAAACUAGAAGAGCACUUUAAAAAUCAAGAAUUAAGACAGGUGAAAAGACAAGAUGAAGACUAUGAUGAACAAGUUGAAGAGUCAUUACAAGAUGAAGAUGACAGUGACGUUUAUAUUUUGACUAAAGUAUCAGACAUUUUGCACUCAAUAUUCAGCAGUUAUAAGGAGAAGGUACUGCCAUGGUUUGAAAGGCUGCUUCCACUAAUUGUCAACCUAAUUUGUCCACAUAGGCCAUGGCCAGACAGGCAGUGGGGACUAUGCAUUUUUGAUGAUAUUGUGGAACACUGCAGCCCAUCCUCAUUCAAGUAUGCUGAAUACUUCCUGAGGCCAAUGCUACAGUCAAUAUGUGACAACAGCCCAGAGGUUAGGCAAGCAGCUGCCUAUGGUGUUGGAGUUAUGGCACAAUUUGGUGGGGACAGCUAUCGCCCUUUUUGCACAGAGGCACUUCCACUGCUGGUGAGAGUCAUUCAGUCACCAGAUGCCAAAACCAAAGAGAAUGUCAAUGCAACAGAGAACUGCAUUUCAGCUGUAGGAAAAAUAAUGAAGUUCAAGCCUGACUGUGUAAAUGUUGAAGAAGUCCUGCCACACUGGUUAUCAUGGCUUCCACUUCAUGAAGAUAAAGAAGAAGCUGUUCAUACUUUCAAUUAUCUAUGUGACUUAAUUGAGAGCAACAACCCAGUUGUCCUUGGUCCCAACAACUCUAACCUGCCCAGAAUAUUUUGUAUAAUAGCGGAUGGUGAAAUUCAUGAAGCUAUUAAACAUGAAGAUCCAUGUACCAAGCGGUUGGCUAAUGUUGUUCGCCAAGUGCAGACAUCUGGAGGACUGUGGACAGAAUGCAUAUCACAGCUCAAUGCAGAUCAACAGGCAGCCAUACAGGAGCUCCUGAACUCUGCUUGAAGGGCCUUAAUUAUCAUCUGCAAGAAAACUAACUCCAAAUAAACGUUUACCCUAUUGUUUAGGUUUCUUUUGUUUCUUUUUUGAGUAAAACCAGAACUGUAGUGCGUGUAGGCCAUUCUUCUGCAACCUACAGGCAGUGGCAGCAGGAAGAAGCAUUCUUUCAGAACGGUGUUUAAAAUGGUUUUUAUCCCACAACACAGAAGAAGUUUCCUGUAAACCCUACAAUAGCACUGAAGAGUAUUUUUCUAAUGGUAUAAGCCAUCCAUACGAUGGUGAAAGGGAAACAAGUUGAAUUUUCUCAUUAGACAUAAUGAAUUAAGAAACAGCUUUAAGACCUUCAGCAGUAGAUGUACGUUAUAACAGAUAAACGUUUCUCUACAUCUAGUGUUAAUUGUAUUAAUUGGAGUGUGAGUCUUUGUAGGGUAGAAAGUGUCCUUCUGCCCAGCAAGUUAGUAGAUCAAAAGAUGAAAAACUGAAGACAAACAUCGAGCAUGAAGACCUCAUUGAUCGCACUUUCAGAUUCCCGAAAACAACUUGUACAGUGACUCAAUGAGGAAAGCUGUUCAGCUUCCAGCCCUUGAAUGUGAAGUCUCUUUGGCAUGUCUGACAGUAUCUCAUUCACUCCUCAAUAAAUGACAUUGAAACACAAGAAGCUUGUGUAGAAGUUCAGUGAUGUGUGGUUCUUUUAAUUUCCUCUGGUGAAAAGAUGCAAGUAUACAAGCUCUACAAGUCAUGAUUUUAUAUUUGAAACUUUGUACGUUGUUGCCUAUUAGAGAUUUUAUGCAUUUUUAUUUCUUGACUUUUCAACAAACUUUUUGCCUGAGUGUGUAGAAUGGAAACUUAAUGGCAUUCCUUUUAUGACAGUAAGUUUACGUAUCUUGACUUAAUGUUUUUCAUGCUCAGAUGCAGUUGCAUUUCAUAACUUUUAAAAUAUAGUGUUCCAGCUGCAAAUGUGCAACAUGAUCUGUCAGCCAGUGAUACUGUUAUGGUAGUCUCCGUUUUGUUUAAAAUAAUCAUAUAGUUGAUAGCCUGACCUGAAAGAACCAAAAAACUUUUUUUUUUUUUUUUUUGGUACUGGAAGAGCAAUAAAUACAUCAUUUACCAGCUAACAUAGCAGCAAACAAGCAUAGAGCAUCUGAUUUCUAACAAAGGUGAGUGAUGCUUUUGCACUCUAUUACUUUGAAGAUGUUAGUAGAGGCAUUGAUCUUAAAAAACUUCAGUUUACUGAAUUAUUCUUCGAGUCAAUCUUGGUAGUCUCUAAAAACAUACAAAUAUUUUCACAGAGGUUGUAAGUUUUCUUCCAUUAUAACAAGAAAAGGUAUAACUUCAUGUGUAGUAAGUUGCUCUCUUACUAAAGAAUAAACUUAGUUUUGCCCUUGGAAAUGUUUAAAACCAAAAACCAGUACAGGAUGAGGUGUACCAAAACCAGCCCAGGACCAUUAUAUCCAAAUGUUUGUGACACAAAACUGCCAUAACCAUAAGGGUUGACACUGUAGUUUGUUUAGAGGCAGCUGAAAGUGUAAUAAAGUAUCUACUGGU